UGUAAGAGCAUAGCCGAGAGCCGAUCUGUCACGAGACCGUAAGAACAUCUGCUGCUGAGUCUGACAGUCCGAGACUCUGCUCCGCCCAGCCUUGGCCAUCCUCUGCAGACGCCAGGGCCUGCGGAAUCAGUGAAGAUGCUUGCUGUGCUAAUCUUCGAUCAGCUGAAUGAUGUUGUGUACCUGCGAUGUGACCAUAAGUUUGUGAGACAUGUCCGCUCUAUGGCCGCAGCUCAGCGGUUGCUGGGGGAAGGCGAGGUGGACCUUGACGAGGUCACUUCAUUGGAUCCCAACAUUGUGGUGCAGCUGUUUUCACCUCUGGUAACCUCUCAGCGCAUCAUGGCAACUCAAUUCAACAACCCAUACACUUCUGUCUCCUGCCAAGAUGGAACCAAUGUAGUCUUCAAGGAGUAUGCUGGCUAUCUGUUUGUUGGAGUUGCUCACCAGGAAGAGACUCAUUUGCAGCGCAUUGUUAGUGUUGCAAUUAGAAUGGUACAGCUCAUAGUGGGCCCAUGUGUUACUAUCUUGAAAAAAAGUGAGGAAAAGUGCAGCCUGCUUGACAGCUUGCUAGAAGCAUGGCAAGGAUUGUAUGCCAAAGAACAAAGUUAUUUGGUUGAAGCAGUUGAGAGACUCAUAGUUAAUGCAGAGCUCUCUGCUGCUGCCGUCAAGUCCCUUGCUGCUGUGAUUGACACAAUGAAGCCAUGCAAGGAUCUAUCUCCAUGUCAUGCUAUGUUUUUUGUCAGAAACAAGCUGUUGGCUUUAUAUUCCAGUCGAAGUGCUCCAGAGCUCAAUGCAUCUGACCUGCUGUUCCUGAACCUACUGGUGACAGCAAGUCAGGUUAAGGAUGGGGAUUAUACAGAGGAUAUAGCACCUAAGAUGGCUGUGACACCUGACGAGAAGAAAGAAGAUGAUGGGAUAGAAUUAGACAGUAGUGACUCUGGAGAGUUCUAUAGCAUGCCCAACACUCCUUUGCUGGGGAGGAAUGCCAGCCAUGGAGAAGAAGUAUCACAAGGAAAAAUCCGUAGCAACGUGCUACUGCUGCGGACAGAUGCCUGUCAGCUGACCCCUCACCUUGUGCACUAUGAGACCCUUUCAGAUGGCUUGUCCUUGGUCAUUGUCUCAGAGGUGAAUCGUACGCAAAUAUCUAUACAGCUCCUUACACUGUUAUCAGGCUUAGAAGAAAUACUGACAGGGGACAUGAAUGGACGUGGAAAGUUGAUUCUAGAUGCAUGUGAGGCAGCUGUUAAAAAGUCUCAAGAUCUGGCUAAACGUAUUCCAAAAGGGAAGACUUAUGAACGUAUUGAGAAAGCUCUGCAGCAGGUUCAGUUUCGCUGGGACAACUUGAAGAGGAGUGGCCUGGAGGAAUGGCUGAAAGGUGGAGGAGAUUCCAACAUCCCAACUCGUGUAGAUGCCUCUCUCACCUCACUGGUGGACAUAGCACGCUCUGCAUGGCGGAUUGCCUGUCUUGCAAUAAAUGCUUCUGCCACAGCCUCUCAGGUAGAAUCUGCAGUAGCCAUGGCUUCAGAACACAUGGCUGACUACUGCCACUUUCUUGAGGUGAAGGCCUUGAGAAACAUGACGCUAGGAUGCCGUUCAGCUCUCACCAUAAAUAAGUACUUGGAAGAUUUCCCUGGCCUUGUUCAUUUUUUGUAUAUUGACCGCUCAACCCACCAACUGACAUCUCCCACCUUGUUACCUGACGAGGCAGAUGUACCUCAGGAAUCAGAAAGCCCAGCCAACAGAAACAGGGCCCUCACUGUCUCAAGAGUGUGGUCCAUGGUGGAGUUUGCUCGCUCCCAUUUGAGCAAGGGCCAUUUGUCACUUAUGUGGAAAGAUACAACUUUUAAUUAUGCCUAUUUUUUGUGGUUUGAAGAUAGUAGUAGUAAUCCCCUGAAACCUGGAGAAUUAGAUGAGGCCACAGACAUGCUUCCUCUGCCUGGAGUCCUAUGUGAGGACUUCUACAGGACUCUUUGCACUCAAGCAUUUCCAGGCAUGGAUCCCAAUAGAAUACGUAUUUAUGAGCUCUUCUGUGUUCACCUGGGCUUGGCCACCUCUCCCUGUGUGCUGGAACACACACGCCGCCUCGCUGCCACCAUAUGGGAAGUGGCUGGACCAAUUGAUGCAAAUCCUGCAGAUCUUCUGUAAGUUUUGCCUCUAGUAUUAUCAGAUUUUCAUGAAAUCACAAAAA